GCCAUGGUCACGGCGGCGGGCGGCGGCGGCGACACGGGCGGGCUGCGGCGGGGCCCCGGCAGCUGCCCGCGGCCCCCGGCCAAGCGGCGGCGGGCGGCGGCGGGGGCGCCGGGACCGGAGCCGGAGCCGGAGCCGGGGCCGGAGGGCCCGCUGGAGCUGCAGGCCUUCCGCGACUACGGGGAGAGCUGGUACCGCUCCCGCAAGCGGCUGGAGAGCCGCUUCCAGCCGCGGGAGCCGCUCGCCCGGCAGCCGCAGGUGACGGCGGAGGCGCGCUGCAGGCUCGUCAGCUGGCUCAUCCCCGUGCACCGGCACCUCGGCGUCUCCUUCGAGGCCCUCUGCCUCGCCGUCAACAUCCUCGACCGCUUCCUCGCCACCACCCCCGUGGCCGCCGACUGCUUCCAGCUCCUGGGGGUGACGGCGCUGCUCAUCGCCUGCAAGCAGGUGGAGGUGCACCCGCCGCGGGUGCGGGAGCUGCUCGCCCUCUGCUGCGACGCCUUCAGCCGCCAGCAGCUCUGCAGCCUCGAGUGCCUCGUGCUGCACAGGCUGCAGUUCGGCCUGGCGGCGCCCACCGUCAGCUGCUUCCUGGAGCACUUCACGCAGCUGCGCGUCGCCGCCCGCGGGGGCGACGCGGCGGAGGCCCGCGACGCCCGCAGCCUGGCCCGCGGCGUCGCCGAGCUCAGCCUGGCCGACUACGCCUUCACGCGGUACGCGCCCUCGCUGCUGGCCGCCGCCGCGCUGGGGCUGGCCGACCGGCUGCUGCGGCACCGGGCGCCGCUGGACCUGCGCCUCAGCGGCCACCCGCGGCGGCUGCUGCGGGGCUGCAUGGGCGAGCUGCGGCUCCUGGUGGCGCUGAACGGCGAGUCGCUGCCCCUCGUGCUGCCCCCCGGCCUCUCCGAGCGGUGCUCGCGGCUGCGCGGCCCCGACGCCCCGACGCCGCGGUGCCGGCCGCGGGCCGCCGCCGGGAAGGCGGCGCCGGCCGCGGGCUCCCGCCCGGCCGCGGCCGCGCCGGGUCGCGGCGCUCCCUAG